GGAAGCUGGGGCCAGUUGAAGAUGGCGAGCGGGUUUUCCCGGAGUGAGAGCUCAUCUGUGCUCAGCCUCGCCGAGGAGAGCUGGCACGAAGACGGGGAGCCAGCCGUGCCUCGCUGGGGGCCUCAGCAUCCCGGCGCCAAGGAGCUGGCGCAGCUCUACUCUCCCGUGAAACGAUUUCAGGAAUGGGUGUGUGUUAUUUUAAACAUUGUUCUAAUGAACUGCAAUUUCUAUCAUCUGGUCAUAAAUUUCAACUGGGACCACAUCCAUUUGAUCCUUAUUGGAAUUAUUGCAGGGAUGAUUACUGCUGAUUUUGCUUCAGGAUUAGUCCACUGGGGCGCAGACACGUGGGGUUCUGUUGACCUGCCUAUACUUGGCAAGGCUUUCAUUAGACCAUUCAGAGAACAUCAUAUUGAUCCCACUGCUAUAACAAGGCAUGACUUCAUAGAAACAAAUGGUGAUAACUGUAUGCUUACUGUGAUACCCUUGGCUAACAUGGCAUACAAGUUUUUUACUGCACCCCCAGAGGCCAUGUAUGAUAUAUAUCCUUGGGAGUGCUAUGUUUUUUCUCUUGGAUUAUUUGUGACACUGACCAAUCAGAUUCACAAAUGGUCUCAUACGUAUUUUGGACUUCCAUCAUGGGUCUGCCUUUUACAGGACUGGCACAUUAUUCUGCCUCGAAAACACCAUCGUAUUCAUCAUGUAUCUCCACAUGAAACCUACUUCUGUAUUACCACAGGUUGGCUUAACUACCCCCUGGAGAAAAUAGGAUUCUGGAAAACUCUGGAGGGCAUUAUCCAAGGAUUAACUGGAAACAAACCCAGAGCAGAUGAUUUCAAGUGGGCUCAGAAAACAAAGUGACCCUUUGCCAAUGUUUUGACUUUUUAAACUACUUCUUGCCAACUAAUUGCACCAGCCAAAUCUAUGACUGCAGUCUGAAAAUGAUGUACCCUGGAAGCGCAUUCUACUUGAAAAAUAAGGACUCAUAAAACUGAAGAUGUUUGAAGGAACUUGAAAGUAUUUGAAUAGUGAUCCUUUGAUGUAGCCAUUUCUGUUUUUUAAAUUAACAUUCACUUAAUGUAAUAUGAACACAAUGUGUGUUGCACUUGACAUUAAUAAGGUCAAUAGAAAUAUGUUCUAGGGAUACCCUCGUAUAGCUGUGGUAAUACUGGAAUUUCAUCUUGGGGAUGGAAUUGCUACAAAGUUGCAGUGUCCAUAUGGUGCUUGCUUGUUUGUGUACUAUAAUACUGACAAGGCCUUAAAAUAAGUUGUUUGCCAGAAAUAUUUAACUUUAUUAUUUUUGAGUGUGUGUAGUAUAUAUAUAUAAUGUAAAACUGCUGCAUACUAGUUAUUGUUCAAUUUAAAGUCAUACUUUACAAGUGCUUGCAUAUAAUGUUAGGCAAUUUGACCUAAGAUCUGUUUUUUUUAUCAUAGCUGCUUAAAAUACAGGAAGAAUUCAACUUUCAUUGAGGAGUGGUUCAAUAUCAAUAUUUCUGAUGUCUCUGUUCUGAUAUCCAGUAUUUUACUAUUUGGAACUAUUGUGGAAGCUUUAAGGUUUGAAAACCAAAAGCACCUUGCCACAGGGUUCCAAUGCUUUAUAAGAUCUAGGAAUAUAAAGUACUUUGCACAUCAUCAGAAAUUUAAACUUGUUAUUGAUUUUCAGUACCUGUUGAUAAGAUGGCUUCAUGUAGUGUUAUGGCUUUAAAUACAAUUGCCAAAUAAAAAAUUUGAGCCAUUCCUAAUACUUGUAAGUAUUUAUGAAUCCAGGUUCUAGAAUUGAGGAAUAUUUGCUUAUUACUGGAAAAUUGUCUGAAUAGCUUGAUACCACUCAAAUACUACUGUAACUAGUAAAUAGUAACUACUGUAAAUAAAGCCAAGGCCAACUACAGUGACAACUUGGAGCCUAUCACAUUGGAGAUCUUACCAUGAUUUGAACUAAUAAAGUAUCUCCAUUCUUAGGACUAGCAAAUUUGCAUAAUCCAGUUAUUGGGUUUACUCACUUUAACCGUAAUGAAGGAAUUCUUGUUUUUAGACCCUCUAAGUUCUCAGCUCUUUUUAUUAAAAAAUAUACAAUUUAUGUAUUUAUUAUCCAUUUGCAUGCGGUUUUUGACUGGAGCUCCAGUCAACUUCCUGGGCCAAUUACUUCUAUCUCCAUUUUUCUUGCCCCCACCCCCCCACCUCUUGUCUCUCCUGUUCCCUUCCCUUGAAGUCUCCUUUUGGUUAUUUUGCUUUUCUACUCUACUAUCACAAUUCCAUCUUACGGUUUCCUUCUGUGCCCCUCUUGGUAUUGUCUGAAGUUUGAGGCACCCAUAAAGGCCUUAUGAGCAGCAACCCAACUGCCCCUUAUUCUGUCUUCCUGUUGAGGACUAACCUUGCUAUCCUCUCGCGCGCGCUCUCUCUCUCUCUCCCUCCCCUUCCCAAUCUCCCCACCUCAUCCACUAUCAUCACUUUGGACUCUGCUCGUGGGCCGACAAUUAUACCUCCACAUUGUCUUCUAUAACAUUCAUUCACUCACAAUUGCUGCCUUGACAUCUACAAUCUUAUUGUGGAGAAUUAUAUUGUACUGAUGUUCUAAUUUUACUGAAACUUCCCUCUUGCUAAAACCUCCACUCCUGGCUAUAGUUCCUAUCACUUGUCACAGCAUGCCACAGUGGCAGUGUGUCCCUUAUCAAAUUGCACUUUGGUCUCUUCCUUUUCUCCUGCUAUUCAUUUUAUUCUGCCUCCUUUUAAAAUCCUCUUUGGUUACUGCUCUUUCCUAGUCUCACCCUGAGUUUCAAAAGAUCCUCCUUCCUUUCUUCCCUCAGCACUCAUAUGACUCUUCGUCCUUAAAGCAUUUGACUUUAAUCUUGGCUUCCUGUUCUUGCAUUCAAGACCUCCCUCCAAUAUCUACCUCCAUAUAAAUUCUCUCAUCAAUAUAUUUGCACCUUACCUAGCCUCUCAUCACUUAUGAUAUUGAGCAUAGAACAGGCCAGAUCUUUUUAUUUGUGUGUUUCACCCCACGUCCCUUAACCCUUUCCAAUUCCACUUCUUACUGUCACCACUCUUUGGGUGGGGUGGGGGCGGUUGACACCAAUGGACUUGCAAAUGCAUUUUCUAAAUUCAAACUGCCUACAUUUUGGCCCUCCAUUCACUAUUCUGCUCAACCCCUUCACGUUCAACUUUCAUGCUUGGUUUCCAGCACAAAUUUUGAUUUUUCCCAUCCUGGUUGAUUCCACUGCAAUGGCUAUCAUCUUUGCAUUCUUUGCACUAAAUGGAGCAAACUAGAGUAUAACUAAUGAACGCCUGUCGUAUCAUUAUAGAUAAAUUAUAAUUAUCAUUAUAGGUAUUAGAUUAAAUGCUGAUGGAUGUUGUUGUUCUCCUCUGCUAAAACCUCCCACUAUUCCAGGGAUGUCCUGGACAGCAAGCAAAACCCAGUUUGUUUUCUCAACUACCAACUGUCUGCUUAAGGUCCUCUCCUCUUCCCAGCCCCCAUCUGCAACAACUGAGAAGCUCAUGGUCAAAGGUUACUAAAUUCUCUUGAGCUCUUUCUUAUUUCACCCCAACCACCCCCAUUCUCCUUGCCAACCAAAAUCUUCCUGUGGUUCCGGCUACCCUAACAGUAAGCAUGAGCUUAUAUCUCCUUUUCUUUCCUAUCUCCCUAAUGCUCUUUGUGAGGUCAUGUUGCCCAAGGGACUCCCUUACUGCAUGUCUCACUCCCACUAAACUGCCGACCACCCAAGUUCCCUUCCUGGUCUGCGUGCUAGCUGAUAUUGUAAAUGGAUUUCUCUCUUCAGGGACUAUCUUCUUCCUUCUGUGAAAACUGACAUCACCUCUCCUGAGGGGGAAAAAAUACUCACUACUCUAUUCUUGGACACUGUAGAGGGGAAAAUAAGCUAAAGGGGGUAAAGUAAUUGGAUAUUUUGCUUUGCAAAACAAUGCCUACCUUUCCUGCAAUGCCAUGUUUGAAUAUCCCCAAAAGAUUUCUACCCCACUACAUCACUGAGACAGUGCUAACCAAAGCCACAAUGUUGAUGUAACUGACUAUAGUGUAUUAUCCCUCCUUGUCCUCUCUAUUCCUUUAGCGCCUGACACAUAUUCUACCCUUACCACCUUACCUACUCUAACCCCUUCCCUGGUUAUUGUCUUAAACUGAAUUAAACUGCUAGCUGUGUCUUAUUCAAGCUGAGCCUGCAAUGCCAUGCACACUCUAUCACAAAGAUGCCCUACGUUCAUCUUCAAUAUCACUGCCUCAGCUGAUCCGCCACUGAAACCCUGAUGCCUUUUGUCGUCACCAAAAUCUACUAUUCUGGCCUUUCCACGCCAGAGCUCCAUCCUUGACGCUAUAAACUUCAACUCACCCAAAACAUUCCUGCUUGUAUCUUAUCCAACGAAACCUCUAAUUUUUCUUGGCGUGCAUGGGCAGUUUGUUUAAAGUCUGUGGUUCCAUUAAAUUUCUUUUUGUAUGUCUGCACAUAUGUAUUAACUUGUGCACAGCCUGCAUGGGAACUUUCAGGUUGCUGUACAGCCAUGCAGUUUACAGGAAACGCCAAUCUGAUCCCACAUCAGAUCCUGUUCAUCUAUUAUCCUCAUGUUGGUUGUUUUCUUCGCACCCCCGCCCAUUUCCCGUAACUACAACUUAAAAUUCUCAAAAUUGUUCAAAUCCCUUCAUGGCCUUGCCAAUUUCUCUAACCUCUUGUCCCAAAACUUUUUUCAAGAACUCUGUUCCUCUGAUCUGGCCUUUUGUGUAUUCUGUCCCCAGUACUUUUGCCCCAUUGACUACUAUACCUCCAGAGACCUCGUGCUCUGGAAUUCCCUCCCUAAACCCAUCUGUUCCUCUACCUCAUUUCCCCCACCACUCCCCUCCCCCACUUUAAGAACUUACUUACAGUCCACCUCUUUGUUCAAGUGUUUGGUGAGUCCUGCUAUUACCACCUCCUGUGGCUUGAAUCUGAAGGGCUGUGGUAUGUUUUUCUAUGUAAAAGAUGCUAUGCAAAUGUAAGUUGUUGAACGUUCUUGCUCAUUUUCUGGAGCAAACCUGUAAUUUUUAUUUUCAGAAAAACAAUAUGCCCAACAAUGGUUAGCUAUGAAAGGGAAUCAAAAUGUGUAUAAUUCAUACAUUUCCUAUGUUCACAUAAUAUUUAUCAAUACUUUCAUAAGAUUAAGUUUAAAUGCUUUCAUUUUUGCCAGAACAACUUUUUUAUAUAUAUAUGCAGGCUUGUGUUUAAUGCAGUCAUUUGAUUUUGUUUUGCCAAUUUAUCUUCUCAAGGCUAGCAUAACUUUAAUAGCUAAACCUUACUAUCUUGUAUCACUGUAUUCUAAUUACAAUCCUCAAAACAAUUUCCUGGUCUACAAUGUUUUAUUUGUGUAUUAUUUUUAAAUUCAUUUUUCUAGUGAGCAUGAUGGUUACCAGCAGUACAUGUAAAUAAAAUUAAUUAAAUAUGACUUAUUUAUGGUCUGCAAACUGAUGGUUAUAUAAUUAGACAGUACCAGUAUAUAAAUUAACAUUUAAAGAUUAUCAAACAAAACAUUUGAAGUAGCUUUUACACACAUUACAAAGUUAACAUGAAAUUCAAGUUAUAUUUCACAAUGUUUAACGUUUGAUCUGAAAUGAUUAGUUUUCCCCAGUUUUUUUUUGUAAAACACAUCAGCUGGUGAAAUGAAUAAGGCAAAUCAAUAUUAUUGUGUAGGGUCUGUGGUUUUAUUAUUUUUGGGAGGGAAGAAGACUUUUUGCUUAAACCAUAACUGUUGAAUGCAUGUCUUGGUUUUAAAUAAAAUAUUAUUUUCAAGAUUAGAGUUGUAACAAAGCUUAGGACCCUGCUAACCAUGUCCAAUGAAAAAGCUGUGUUCUUUAUCUGGCCUCGUUUAAGCUUUAUUAUUGGGACCAUUAUGUUUCCCUAGUUCUGUUCAGUUACUUUAACUCUGUACCAAUGUCAAAGUUCUGAAGCUUUAUUAGAUGUGUCCAGAGCAUUGUUAUUUUUUCUCAUCUCCAAAACGUUUUUGUUCCAGCUAUAUUUUUAGGCUGUGAAAAACUGAUUCUGAUGAGAUGCUUUCUGCUCACCAUUAGCUUCAGUGCGUAUACUAUAAAUGUGACACUUAAGGAAAACAUAUUGUAAUUUUAUAACUUGUGGAGUAAACUUAAUUGGCAAAAAUAAAAAUUCAGUGAUCAAAUGCAAA